AAUGAGUUUGGUUGUAUUUAUUUUUUACUUUUUUUGACUUCAGUGGAUUGAUGCAGUGACAUUCAACAGAAACUCACCUAGUUAAAUUACUAAAAUUCUUACGUAUUGGAUUAAGUGAUUCAAAUUAUAAACCUACGAAAUUUUGAAGGAUAUCGAAUCUGAAAACAGAGUUUGUCUAUCGAAAUUUUGUUUGCAAAUCAUGAAUAUGCAGAUUCUUAUAAUUUCGACGCUUAUUGUGGCAUGUUCUGUCACUCAGGCGCAACCUGUUGAUAAAAGCGACGCUAUUGUCGAUAAUCUUUGGGAAACUACAAGCAUUCAAACGUGGCCAUGGACCAUUCGUCCAGCUGCUCUUUCCGUAAACCUCUCACCACUAACACCAAUCGUUCUAGCCACAGCACCAGCAGGGAACUUAAAUCUGGAUAAAUUAAUUUCUCAACCACAGCUUAUUGAAAUGUUCCAGCUUCUUCAAACAAAUAAAUUUGUUCAUAAGAGUACACCAACUUAUUUUACACCUUUCGCUAUAUCCCCCGUUUCGUUUCCACUUUUAAGAGGUGAAGCCACCGAAAAGCUCAUCAACGAGGCAGAAAGCCAGAAGAAGGAAAAAAUUGGAGAAGAAAUAUUACAAAAAAAUACGAAAGAAAUACCAGUUCCUGCUGCCACCAAAAAAGCCUAUUCGCAGCCCAAACCGAAUGCUGCUGACACGAAUAAAGGAGGCUUCAAAAGUGAUGCACGUCUUUUACAAGCUGUGAAGCAAAUAAAUCCGGAGUUUGUGAUUGAAGAAAUCAUUUCUGUCCCCGGCCAACACAUACUUUCUACGUUGUCAUCGGAAAAAUUUCCUAAGCCUCUUAAGUUUUCAGCUGCUUCGUCGGCGUUUCCUCAAUUAAUAUCAAACAACAAAAGUCCUCCAAAAAAAAUUUCAACGCAAAAGCUCAACAUAUCCAAACAUCCAUCCACUGAACCAGGAGCAGAUGACAGUGAAGUGAAAGUGGAAGCGAUAGGCCACACAGCCACUUCGGGCAUAAUUCCGCAAAUACCGUUCGACACUUAUUUCCUUCCGUACCACGCACAGAGUCAGAAGGAUCUCACCAAGGCUGCUGCACUUAUAUUGGAACCUCAUUCAAAAGCUGUGGUAGGCAAUGGUGGCACAGCUAUAUCUGCACCGAUUUCGAGGGCUUUCUUGAAACAAGGAGUCCCCACCAACGUUUACUUCAAUCCGGAAUCGGUGGCCAUUGCAGGUGUUGGCGGUAAAGCGCAUGCUCAGGCCGAUUUAGAACUCGAUUUGGUAGACUCGCGGAAAUAGUUAAUGAUUGUAUAUUAUACUGAUGUGUAAAAGUUACCAAAUAGAAAUAACAAUACUUACGUAUAUAGUGCUAUAUGUUAACCUUAGUAUUUCUAUUGAGAUUAUUAGUAUGUAAAUAAUUGUAUGUAUAUAGAAUUUAUAUAAAAGUGAGUACAGCUUAAAAAAUCUUUUGCGUAGUUGAUUCUGAAACUCUCCUUUAGAGCGCUUUUGGCUUUGUAAUACUAAAAAGUUUUGCAUGGAGUUUUUGAUAACUAUUUUAUGAACCAACCCUUCCUUAACAAUAAUGUAGCAAGCGCUCCAAAGCUCCUCUAGUUUUCGACGAAUACUCAUUCCCCUACUAUGGCGGUCUGCGUGGGCAAAUCUUGC